ACCAGGAUAUCCUCAGUCACAACCAGGAACUCAUUCGAGAAACAUCUAAAUCGAAAGUAAAUUCCCCGUAGUAGUUUAGUUCGGAAUAAAAAUUCACAAAAAAAAAUAUAUAGUAUGAAAAAUAAGUUUUAGGUUUAGAUAUUUUUGGUAUUUUUCUUCUCGGGUUUGGUUUGCAGAAAUAGUUAAAAAAAAUAAAUUGAAAUGAAUAAUCGUGGCAGUGCAUUGAACACAUUCUCCUUCUGGAAGGGACAGCCAGGACUGCCCGUUUCGUAUACCCCGUCGAUAGCAGGAGGGAUGCCGAUGCAGACGAUACUACAGCGUCCAGUACCGAUCGUGAUGCCUAGCUUGGACCUGGGAGUGGGAGACGUUCCAAGGACCAACUCUCCUCCAACAUCGCCGGGUCAGCAGGCGGCCCUGGAGCCCUGUCUGGAGAAUGGAGAAUUUUGUGCCUGCAACGAGAUGGACUUUAGUUUGGGGCUGGCUGGUGUUAUGUCGGCUCUAAGGAGGGCCGGAGUAUCGCUGCGUUCCGACCGCCUGGGUCUCCACCACAGCUGCCACAAUGUCCUCAAUCAUGACUGCUCUCUAGGAUCUACUACCGCUCUGGCUGAUAGCCGCCAGUGCCACAGCCACCAUGAGUUCCGCCAACAGCCUGGAUCCAGUUGUUUCUGUUCGCGAUCCAAGGAUUCCCCAGUUACCAAGAUGAACUAAUGGUAGAAUGUUAAAGGAGGUUUUAUUAUAUUAUUAAUCACGGCUAUAUGAAGUUUAAAAAAAAAAAUGGAUUACUUACUUAACUGAUUACUUGGCUAAAGGUUCACCACAAAUUCCAAAUUGAAUAGGAAAUUAUAUAUAUAACUUUCCCUAUUUGGCCUAAACUUUCCUUUUUACACCCUAGACUAUACCUGAUAUAUUUUGUUAUGCAAUUUUAAGACUAUAAACAUUGUUGGCUAAAAACUAUUUGCCCAAUCGAUUAAAAUAAAGAAAAAAAUAUUUCCACAAUUA